CCUCUCUCUCUCUUCCCUCAGCGAGCGAGGCCUGGCUUUCUAAUGCGCAGAAGCGCCGCCAGAGCUCCUCCUGCCGCCGCUAGAGCCAGAGCCAGAGCCUGAGGAGACAGGCGAGAGAGAGAGAGAGACACUGAGAGAGAGAAAGGAAGAGAGAAAGAAAGAGGAGGCCGCAGCCGGGCGUCGAAGCAGCGGCAUCAGCGGCUCUAUGGCUCGGCGCCUGAGGAGGCCAGAGGCCGGCGCGGCAGGCGAGGCUUCCCGCUGAGGAGGGCCUUCCUCGCUCCCCUCGCCUCGCUCCCUCUCUCGCUGCUCGCUCGCUCGCCCCCGCCGUGGCGGUGUUAUGGCCUCUUGCUGGAGCGCCAAAGGGUCCCUUGCUUGGAGGUCAGCGCACAUCCUGCUCCUCGUCGCCGCCACCGCCUCAUGUCGGGGAAACAGUGCUCUUGCAGAACAUUCUGAAAAUGUGCAUAUUUCAGGAGUCUCAACUGCUUGUGGAGAAAUUCCAGAACAAAUCAAAGACCCAAGUGGGAUCAUCACAAGCCCAGGCUGGCCACUUGAAUAUCCUGUCCGACUGAAUUGUAGCUGGUACAUCCGAGCAAAUCCUGGGGAGAUCAUUACAAUAAGUUUUCAAGAUUUUGAUGUUCAAGGAUCACGGAGAUGCAGUUUAGAUGCUUUAACAAUUGGGGCCUAUAAAAACAUGGAAAAUUACAGAGUAUGUGGGUCUUCUAUUCCAUCUCCAUAUAUAUCUUCCCAAGACCAUGUUUGGAUCAGAUUUCAUUCAGAUGAGAGUAUAUCACGGAAGGGCUUCAGAUUGGCUUAUUUUGCAGGGAAAUCCAGUGAAACAAGCUGCGACUGUAACCAGUUCCAUUGUUCUAAUGGGAAAUGUAUUCCAGAAUCUUGGAAAUGUAAUGACAUGGAUGAAUGUGGAGACAACUCAGAUGAAGAAAUAUGUGUCAAAGCUGGUCCUCCAACGGCUGCUUCCUUCCAGCCGUGCGGAUACAACCAGUUUCAGUGUCUGUCUCGUUUCAAUGUUUACACUUGCAUUCCAGAAUCCUCAAAAUGCGAUGGGAACCUCGACUGCCUUGACUUGGGAGAUGAAAUAGACUGUGGUGUGCCAACAUGUGGGCAGUUGCUGAAGUAUUUUUAUGGUACUUUCAAUUCUCCUAAUUAUCCAGACUUUUAUCCCCCAGGGAGCAAUUGCACUUGGCUGAUAGACACUGGGGACCACCGCAAAGUUAUUUUGCGUUUCACUGACUUUAAACUUGAUGGCACUGGUUAUGGGGACUAUGUCAAAAUAUAUGACGGACUAGAAGAGAAUCCACGCAAACUGUUGCGUGUGUUAACUGCUUUUGACUCCCAUGCCCCUCUCACAGUGGUUUCUUCUUCUGGUCAAAUCAGAGUGCAUUUUUGUGCCGACAAGGUCAAUGCUGCCAGAGGAUUUAAUGCUACCUAUCAGGUAGAUGGUUUCUGCCUGCCGUGGGAAAUUCCAUGCGGUGGAAACUGGGGCUGUUACACAGAACAACAGCGUUGUGAUGGCUACUGGCACUGUCCAAAUGGAAGGGACGAAACCAACUGCACCAUGUGCCAGAAAGAUGAAUUUCCUUGCUCUCGGAAUGGUGCUUGCUAUCCACGUUCUGACCGCUGCAACUACCAAAAUCAUUGCCCCAAUGGUUCGGAUGAAAAGAAUUGUUUCUUUUGCCAGCCAGGAAAUUUCCACUGCAAAAACAAUCGAUGUGUGUUUGAAAGCUGGGUUUGUGAUUCACAAGAUGAUUGCGGCGAUGGUAGUGAUGAAGAGAAUUGCCCAGUUAUUGUGCCAACUAGAGUAAUAACUGCUGCUGUAAUUGGAAGCCUUAUUUGUGGGCUGCUCCUUGUCAUUGCUUUGGGCUGCACGUGUAAGCUAUAUUCGUUGAGAAUGUUUGAACGAAGAUCAUUUGAGACACAACUGUCAAGGGUUGAAGCGGAGUUAUUAAGAAGAGAAGCACCUCCUUCUUAUGGGCAAUUGAUUGCUCAAGGCCUUAUUCCGCCAGUGGAAGAUUUCCCUGUUUGUUCACCAAAUCAGGCCUCCGUCUUAGAGAAUUUAAGGCUGGCUGUUCGGUCUCAACUCGGAUUUACCUCUAUUAGGCUUCCAAUUGCAGGCCGGUCGAGUAACAUCUGGAACCGAAUCUUUAAUUUUGCAAGAUCUCGCCAUUCAGGAUCCCUGGCACUAGUUUCAUCAGACGGAGAUGAUAUCACCAGCCAGAAUACUAAUAGAGAAUCUGAAAGAAACGGCUCUCAUCGAAGCCUCUUUUCAGUGGAGUCUGAUGAUACAGACACGGAAACUGAGCGGAGAGACGCAGCAGGUGCUGUCGGUGGUGUUGCUGCUACUUUGCCCCAGAAGGUCCCUCCUACAACAGCUGUAGAAGCAACAGUAGUCUGUGGGACGCCUUCAGUUCAAAACACGAGCAGUAAUGCAGACCAUGGGAGAGAAGCGGCAAGCAUAGAGCCUCCAAAUUCCAGUCCGGGGCGCCAUCAGUUCUCAAAUGCACUGAGUCGCAUGACUCAAGGAUUACGUUGGGUACGGUUCACUUUAGGGAGGUCAAGUCCAGCAAAUCAGAACCAGAGUCCUUUGAGACAGCUUGAUAAUGGGGUAGGUGGAGGCAGAGACGAAGAUGACGAUGUUGAAAUGCUAAUACCAGUUUCCGAUGUAGCAUCAGACUUGGAUAUGAACGACUGUUCGAGACCCUUACUUGAUCUCACCUCAGACCAAGGCCAAGGGCUUCGGCAGCCUUGCAGCACGUCCCAUAAUGGAGUACGGUCCUGUAACCGCGACGGCCCCUGCGAGCGCUGCGGGAUAGUACAUACUGCCCAGAUACCUGACACUUGUUUAGAAGCGACCCUAAAAAAUGAAACUAGUGAUGAUGAGGCAUUGCUACUUUGUUAAGUAUCGGUUGAAUGGGUGGAAAUGUAUGCAAGUUGGAGCAAUAGUGGUGAUGUUUUUUGUACUUCAUGAUUAAGGGAGAAAUAGCUUUUUGUUUUGAAAAGAAUCCAGGGCAAAUCAUGUGACUUAACCAUUUUAUUGUGCAUGGCUGAAUGAAUCUGUCAUAAGGGGAACCGAAACAAAAGUUUUCCAAAGUCUGCAUACAUAAUUUAUAUCUGCUGUCAUUUGGUUAUUCCUCUGUGAUCACUUUCCGGAGGCUUUUCCCACAACUGCUUUCCGCCUAGUUGUUCUUAAAGCUUGUGGGAGGAUAGCACUUGCAGAUGAGGUGUCUUUGUGACUUGUGAAAUCUGUGAGCAACCAGUGAGCUUCAUGAGCUUUGCCUGCCUGAAGAUUUAUAUUUUAAGCAAUGCAGAGGCAUGUAACUGUGGCCAGUUCCUACCAUAUUUUAAGGAUCAAGGUGGGUUCCGGUAAUAUCGGAAGUGGUCCUCAGUUUCAUGAUGGUGUAAUUCGCAACAAAAACAUGGCUGCUCAACCAUUUUUGUCUGCCUGUCAUUCACUUCCAGAUUGCUGGGCUACUUUUGUACAGAAUAUUUAUUCUUUUUUUUUGAAAUCAAAUCCAGUACACUAUUGCCAAUAUAAUUUUAACUGAGUAUACUAAAAGGUUAUUAUAGCUAACCAUAUUCUUUUUUUUUCCUUUUGUGCUUUAUAAUAUUUUUGUCUAAUUACUGAACGGUAAACUUUUUUCAGAGGGAAGAGAGACUUUCUUCAAUACGCUAUGUUUUUUUUUCUUUUAUUCAAACAGGAGUUAACUUAGAUAAAAAGAUGGCAAAAAAUCUUUUGUAGCUUUUAUAACAUUGACUUUAAUAAGUUGGUCUAGUAUGUACAACCAAAUAAGGUGUAAAAACUCAAAAGUAAUUUUUCAUCUAUCUUUGAAGAUAGAUCUCUGAAACAGUUAAAAUAUGCAUUGAUUCUUGUAUAUAACGUGUGUUUUUUAAAAGCAGAAAUAGGUACGAAUAACUCUAGGAAAUAGGUUCCACCUGCUAAUAGAUCGCCUCCCUAAUGGGGUUUAAAUUUCUUUGGUCUAAAGGGAUUUGCACUAAAAUUAUGUUAAAGGUCUCUUAAAGAGCUUAGUGCACAGGCACUAUCACUUUAAAUACUAGUCUCUAAUACAGCAAUGAAUAUAUAUAAAUAUAAUAUUUCCACGGUUCUGUUCUUGGGUGCUUUUUUUUUGUUUGUUUGUUGCUGCAAUUGAAUUUGCUUUACUAAUUUCCUAUUUAUUCAUUGUAUUUAAAAGCUGGUUUACCUGGCAUCCGUUUGUGCUUUAAAAGGAAGAAUGAAUUUGGUAUAUUUCAAGGUUUUUAUUUUUGUUACAUCAUGUUGUUGAUUCAAAAGACACCAGCAGGGGGAUAAAAACCAUAGUUUCCAGUUUAGUGGCCAGCUGGUGGCGGUUGUUACUGUUAGUGAUACCAAGGCAUCCAUCAAUUUGGGAAAAGUCAAGAUUGUCAGUUGCUGUUCUAUUUAUUCUUUGCCUGUCUUCGUAGGCUUAAUGAUUUAGUAUGGAAAAAAAGUAUUUGUGUGUGACUGUAUGCUAUUUAUUAAAUUUUACAUACAUUGCUGAAUGUCAUUUUAAAGCAUGUUUAAAGUCUUGUGAGUUUCUUGUUGUGUUAUGCUGUCAGAAAAGCUGACAAUGUUUUAUGAUGUAUCAAAUUAAAAAAUAUUAUCUAUUGA